AUGCCUCAAUACAAAUUGACCUAUUUCAACCUUCGUGGAUGGGCUGAGCCCGCUCGUCAGCUUUUCAAACUUGCUCAUGUUGACUUUGAAGACGUGAGAUUGGAACCCCUGAAGAGUGUUGAGAAUGGAACCCCUGAAUGGGAAGCUCUGAAACCAAAAACACCAUUCGGCCAACUUCCAGUCUUAAAUGUGGAUGGAUUUGACAUUCCACAGUCUGCCGCAAUUCUAAGAUAUCUCGGAAGAAAGUUCGGUUACGCUGGAAAAACUCCAGAAGAGGAAGCAUGGGUUGAUGCGAUGGUUGAUCAAUUUAAAGACUUUGUCACACCUCUUCGCCAGCUCAUUAUGGCUCAAAGAGGAGGCAAUGCGGAGGAAAUUGAGAAAGUUCAAAGGGAAACUUUUGGACCGGCCAGAGACAAUCUCUUUAAAAUUUUGAAUGGAAUUUUGGAAAAGAGCAAGUCAGGAUUUCUCGUUGGUGAUGGUGUCACUUGGGCGGAUCUCGUGAUUGCGGACAUUAUCACAACUAUGGAGAAGUUGGGCGUUUUCGAUGUGACUUCUGCUGAAAACAAGAAAUUAACGGAUUUCCGAGAGAAGGUCAAUUCGAUUCCGGAAAUCAAGGAGCACAACGAACAAAGACCAGAUUCGGUUGUCUAA